AUGCCUCGCGCUCGUAAAGGAGCUCUAAUUCAAUGCGACGCUUCGAUUAAAGCUUUAAUUCUGCAAAUAGAUAUGAAUCGAAAUGAUGUCAUUCUCGAAGAGCUCGACGAAACCCACUUGUUAAUUGACCCUACGAAAGUCGAGUUUAUAAAAGCUGAACUGAAUAGAUUACUAUCGCAGAACAUCUAUGAUGCAUUAGAUGAAGAGGAAAAUCAGUGA